GCUGAAUUGUCUGAAUAUGACUGGCUUUACUUUCGAGUAAAUGCACAUAAAAUGCGGUGGACUCUUCUCUAGAUACAGCUGUAUUUUAUGGUUGUUGCUCCCCAUUUAUUUGCUUUCCUUUUUCAUAUACUAUUAAUUACUUGCAUACCAUUUACUCCAUUACCCGUUAUAAUUAAUCACCACCAGAUCUUUUUUUCCAAAAUUUUGUGCUUGUGCUUUUCCUCCUUAAUAUCCUAAUGACAACUACGUUUCUAUAGAAAAUAAUCCACACUUGUGAAUAUGGGUGCAUACAAGAUUCUUGUAAUCUCUCUCCUGUCCUAAAAAAAUCAUUUUUGUAUGUCUCUCAAGGAUGGAAAUUUUUCCUGCAGUAUUCAAGAGAGAAACUUCCAAAUUGCAGUUCAUCAAGAGAAAUUUCACGCACCCUUUUCAGAUCUUCACUCUCUGAUGUUUUUUGUUGCAUUUCUCUACAUUAUCCUUCUUCUGCCAGCGCUCAAUGCUCAAUCAACAAAUGCAGAAUUUUCAGCACGUUUGCUUGAUUCAGUACUUCAAGAUUAUGCUUUCAGAGCAUUUGUUAGGCCAAGAACUGGGAUUCCUUACAAUGGCAAUGUGCCUUCCAAUUUCACUGGUAUCAAAGUUGCUGCUCUGAGGCUGAGAAGUGGAAGCAUGAGGAGAAGGGGUGUUAGCAGAUACCAAGAAUUUCAUAUCCCAAUUGGUGUUUUGGAGCAGCCUUAUGUGGAGAGGCUUGUUUUAGUAUAUCACAAUUUAGCCAAUUGGUCCAGUUUGUAUUACCCUUUACCUGGUUACACUUAUCUAACACCAGUUUUGGGUAUUUUAUCUUAUGAUGCUUCCAAUUUAUCAGCUAAAUAUCUGCCAGAGUUGGAUAUCAGAGCAUCAGACAAGCCCAUUUUGGUCAAUUUUUCUAGUGUAAAGCCAAUGCCAAUGGCUAAGUGUGUGUACUUUAAUUUGGAUGGUGCAGUGGAAUUUGACACUGUGAUUAGUGGAAAUAUUUGCAAGACUACCAAACAAGGCCAUUUUGCUAUAGUGUUUGAGUUCACUGCUGCUGAGCCAGAACCUGCCAGUGGAGGUAGUGGCAGUAGUAAUGGCAAAAGUGAUCAUAAAAGUGGUAGAAAAAAGUGGAUAAUUUUUGGAUCAACGGUUGGCGGAUUUGUGGCUUUGGUUUUCUUGGUUUUAUUGAUUGCUUGUGUAAAGAAGUGUGAUAAGCAGAAAAAGAUUGGGAGAAUGGAAGAGGCAGCAGAAAGAGGUGUGCCAUUGCUGAUGACAAGAGUUGGGAAUACAAAGGCACCAGUGGCUUCAGAAACUCGUACAAGACCUUUAUUAGAGAAUGAAUAUCUGCCUUAGAUCAUACUCAUUUGCUUUAACCAAAAAUUUUAGCAUUUUUCGCAACAUUUAAUUCAAUUCUUUUCAGCUCUUUGAUUUUGUAUCUUUGAAUUCUGGUGUACAUUCUAUUUUGUUUGUUUUACCACCUUUUGAUGAA